GGUGUUGGCAGGAGCAGCGCUGAAGCCGGGGCCUGGGGCUGACCCGUCAGACUCUCCGUCCGUGCCGAGCCCCCUCAAGCCGCAGCCAUGUCCGGGGAUGAGAUGAUUUUUGAUCCUACUGUGAGCAAGAAGAAAAAGAAGAAGAAGCCUUUUAUGUUAGAUGAGGAAGGGGAUGCCCAGACAGAAGAAGCCCAGCCCUCAGAAACUAAAGAAGUGGAGCCAGAGCCAACUGAGGACAAAGAUGUAGAAGCCGAUGAAGAGGACAGUAGGAAAAAAGAUGCUUCUGAUGAUCUAGAUGACUUGAACUUCUUUAAUCAGAAGAAGAAGAAGAAAAAGACAAAAAAGAUAUUUGAUAUUGAUGAAGCUGAAGAAGGUGUAAAGGACCUUAAGAUUGAAAGUGAUGUUCAAGAACCAGCCGAACCAGAGGAUGACCUUGACGUUAUGCUUGGCAAUAAAAAGAAGAAAAAGAAGAAUGUCAAGUUCCCGGAUGAGGAUGAAAUACUAGAGAAAGAUGAAGCUUUAGAAGUUGAAGACAGCAAAAAAGAUGAUGGUAUCUCAUUCAGUAACCAGACAGGCCCUGCUUGGGCAGGCUCAGAAAGAGACUACACAUAUGAGGAGCUACUGAAUCAAGUGUUCAGCAUCAUGAGGGAAAAGAACCCAGAUAUGGCUGCUGGAGAGAAAAGGAAGUUUGUCAUGAAACCUCCACAGGUUGUCCGAGUAGGAACCAAGAAAACUUCUUUUGUCAACUUUACAGAUAUCCGUAAACUAUUACAUCGUCAGCCCAAAUAUCUCCUUGCAUUUUUAUUGGCUGAAUUGGGUACCAGUGGUUCUAUAGAUGGUAAUAACCAACUUGUAAUUAAAGGACGAUUCCAACAGAAACAGAUAGAAAAUGUUUUGAGAAGAUAUAUCAAGGAAUAUGUCACCUGUCACAUGUGCCGAUCACCGGACACAAUCCUGCAAAAGGACACCCGACUCUAUUUCUCACAGUGUGAAACUUGUCAUUCUCGACGCUCUGUUGCCAGCAUCAAAACUGGCUUCCAGGCUGUCACAGGGAAGCGAGCACAGCUCCAUGCUAAAGCUAAUUAA